AUGACUAUGGGACCAUGUGCCAUCUUCGUAAAAGAACAUUUCGCGAAGCAUCACCCGAAAGACUUAAUGGAGGGGAAGAACACAAUGAAAGAAGCUGGUGCAGCAUGGAAGUCUCUCGAUGAAGCUUCGAGAAAGAAAUACGAGGAACUUUCUAAACGUUACCGCGAAGAGAAGAUUAAGGAGUUUGAGGCUCUUUCUGAGGAAGAGAAGAAAGAGAUGAUCGCUUCAUCACUGGAAGCGAAGGAGGAAAAAGUCAAAAGGAAAACUCGUAAGGAGAGGAGAGAGAACUGGGAAAAGACUGGACACCCAGAAAAACCACCAACAGCCUACAACCUCUAUGUGCAGGAGAAGUAUAACACACUGAAGGCACAAGGAGAAAUAAUUACACCAGUUGCUAAGACAAUGAAGCGAGUUAGUUCAGAAUGGAAGGGAAUGAGUGAAGCGGCCAGGGAACCAUACGUCAAGAAAGCUGCAAAGCUUCUUGAUGAGUACAAGGUAAAACUUGAGGAGUGGAAGUCGAAGGUGCAGCCCGACACCACUGAAGAACAGAAGCAAUCUUCGGAGCAAAACAAAUAG